UCUGCGUCUGGACCCGCGCUGCCCUGGAUCCUGUCGCUUCUGCUGCUCGGCACGGUCGACUCCUCCUCGGAGGAGGUCAUGUUCGUGGCGGCGGCCGAGACCGACGAGCAGAUGAAGAUCACGCCCAAGAAUCUGCAGGACGGCGUACUCGAGAGCAAAGCGGUGCAGUCCGUUGUGGCUCCGAGCGAGGAGCAGCCGUUCCGACACGUCGGAGUCAAGUGGCGGCUGCACAACAACGCGCGCGACUUCGUGUGCGUGGACUCCACAGGCUUUGCCCUGAGCAGCAAGAGCGAGCAAAUCGGCUUCAGCAUCUCGCACUCCGUGGCGUUCUCGCAGGUCCCGAGCUUCGACAUGUUCGGCGUCGAGCGCGCCAACAUGUCGCUGGGCUGCCUGUUCCGCCAGAAGACGCCC